UCCGCCGCCGGCCGCGCCGCGGCGCUCCUGCUGCUCUGCGCCCUGUCCGCCGCCCAGCAGCUGGACGUGCAGACCGUGUCGGGGCCGACGCAGUGCGCGGCGCGCUCCCGGCCCGGUGAUGUGCUGGCCAUGCACUACACGGGCACGCUGCAGGACGGCACCCAGUUCGACUCGAGCCGCGGCCGCAAGCCGUUCGAGUUUGAACUCGGCGCGGGCAAGGUGAUCAAGGGCUGGGACCAGGGCCUGGUCGGCAUGUGCGUCGGCGAGAAGAGGAAGCUCACCAUUCCACCGAGUCUCGGGUACGGAGAUCGCGGUGCCGGAGGCGUCAUCCCACCCGGGGCCACCCUUCUGUUUGACGUGGAGCUGUUGGAGAUCAACCCCCAGGCCAAGCCCGAGCUGAAGAUUCGCCGUGUUUUUUCGCCGGAGAGCUGCCCAGUCAAGUCGAAGAACGGUGACAAGCUGGGCAUGCACUACACGGGCACCCUGACGGACGGCACUAAGUUUGACUCUAGUCGGGACCGCAAUCAGGUGUUCGAGUUCACGCUGGGCGCCCGCCAGGUGAUCACCGGCUGGGACCUGGGCCUGACAGGCAUGUGUGCCGGCGAGAAACGCCAGCUGACCAUCCCGCCCGGGCUGGCCUACGGAGAGAAGGGGGCCGGCGGCGUCAUCCCGCCUGGAGCCACACUCAACUUCGACGUGGAGCUGGUCACCAUCAACGGACAGGGCGCCGCCCCCGCCGCUACGCCCACCCCCGCCCCCGCCCCUGCUCCAGCACCAGCACAGCAGGGUGCGAGCGACAAACUGCAGAUUCGGCGCGUGUCUGGGCCGCGCAACUGCCGCAGGAAGACCACCGCCGGCGACGUCGUCUCCAUGCACUACACAGGCACGCUGACGGAUGGCACCAAGUUUGACUCGAGCCGGGACCGCGGCACACCGCUCGAGUUCACGCUCGGCAGAGGUCAGGUGAUUGCCGGCUGGGACCGCGGUCUGCUCAACAUGUGUCCGGGCGCGCGGCGCCAGCUGACCAUCCCGCCGCGGCUGGCGUACGGCGAUCGUGGCGCAGGCAACGUCAUACCACCCGGCGCCACGCUACUCUUCGACGUCGAGCUGGUGGAGAUCAAGUAGAUGCGACACAGAGACUGCGGAAGGCGAGCCGGUGCGACGACGCCUGGAGGAGGCGUCAAAUCAUGUUGUGUUCGACUGCUGUGACUACCCCGCUGGAUUCUGAGUUGCGCAUGCGCGGACGAACGGCCGGAGCUCAUCCAGUGGGGAAGUUGUGAACUACCGGCAACAUAGAUGGCACCGCUGUCAGGAUGCAUUGCUCCGCAUUUUAGCGCCUGGCACAGCCAACUAGGGGAUUUUUGAUUUUUUUAUUCGUCGUCGUUAUUUUGGAUAUGGCUAAGCAGGACGACGUGUUAAAAGGCCCAGAACCAGCCGCGCCGCGUGCGUAUCCUUUGCGUGACACCACGCUGGCUCGUGAGCCAUGUAUUCGAGGUAGACAACGAUGCAAUGAUCUCGAAAAUAUAUUAACGUCUU